CUACACAUUUGCAAUGGCCCCCGAAGUGGACCUCUUCCUUGUCUGCGAUACAACUGCCUCCAUGGGCCGGUAUAUUUCAUCGCUGGCAGCAACCAUUCGCCAAGUAUUUGCCGUCAUCAAGUUGCUCUUUCGCGGUCGCGUCAAGCUCCACGUGGUGUCGUACAAAAACUAUUGCGACGGCAAACUCGUCGUCACGCACCGCAGUCAGCGCACGCACUCAAACAAGCAAAUCCUGGAAUUUGUCGCCGACCUGGUUCCGCAUGGUGGUGGCGAUAUCCCUGAGGCCAUCAAAACCGCCCUCAACUUUGUGCACAGCACCGUCAACAGUAUUCGGGAAGCGUCCGCGAUUUCGACGGAAGCCCUCGUUUUGAUCUUCACUGACGCGCCCCCGCACCACUCUCAUACCCUGUCUCGCUAUUGGCGACAUGAAAGGGAUGCCAUUCAAACCAACCCCACAUACACCGCGGGUUACGACUGGCUCUCGAUUCGUCGCGCCUUCCAAGUCGCGAGCAUUCCUGUCUUCACCUUCCACUCAAACCUCGACUGCGCGUAUCGAACGGCACAAUCUGUUCUUUUUUAUUCGGCGCUGGGGCCUGUGGUGCUUGUAGAGAACGAAUCGACGACCGAAAUCACAAAGGCCACGAUGGGGCUGCUUCUGCAGCUCAUGGGGCACAAAUUUGAGUUCUCUGACUUGUUUACUUGCGUUCGCGUCUGGGCCGACUGUGCUGCGUUCGGCGGUGACGCGGAAGAUGCUGUGUUUCCCGACGUGGAUGCACGCCUGACGUGCACGCGUCUUCCGUUUCAGUUUGACGCGUUGCCCUGGAUGGACGAGGACGUGAGUCCCUUGCCCGCGCUGUUUGAAACCAAUGAAGAAUACCAGCGCAUGGUGUAUCACGUUUUUGGGGCGCUAGUCACGCCUACCAACGUCCUGGCGCUGACGUACAACACGAUCUUGGCCAAACUCUGGCGACUCAUCUGCAAGCGCCGAUCGGAUCCGAGGUAUGCGUCGCUGACCACGACGCUGUCGUUGUGUGUGCCUGCCUUGACUGGUUUGGACAAACAACAGGUCCAGCAAUGGAUUCAAGAAUCACACAACGAAAGCCACGCCAUUCGGGAUACGAUCAUGGCCCUCACCCACGACAUUGGCUCAAGCGACCGCAGCAUUAUCGUGCUCGAACGAAACACUCUUCUCGACUCGGUCGACCCUGCCGACUUGAGAUCUCUCGCGCGAGCGCCCACCCCCAACGCGAUUCGCACCGUCCAGUCGAUCCUAACGCACUUGCAGCUUGUGACCCUCGACGAUGGCCGCCCGACCGAUGGAUUGAUCGAUCGUGACGGUGUUCCGCACUUCCUUCCUCUCGACCUCCCCGACAUCAAGCUCUUUUCGUUCCUGUGCCACUUGGUCGCUCCAGGCACGGUAUUUUCAGUUCGAGGCAGCGCCGUCGUAGCGAUGCUGUGUGUGUCGUCGAACCAUUCGAUCAUGAAAGAUCGCGCGCACGAUUUCCUCCACAGCAUCCGCGGCACGUGGCUCCCUCUUGACGUGGCAACGGAUUACCCUGAAAUCCUCUCGGUCGAGUACAUCAAGCUCCUCCACCGGCACAGACAGUUCUUGACGCCCAAUGAACUCGUCGUGUACGAUCGACUGUACGCGAUGCACCGCAUGCGGCUCGCCGCCACGAAAGAUGUCGACGUGACCGUGGGCGCAACCCCUGUCAAGGCCCAGCUCCGACUAGAUAUCAAGGCCAAGUGCCUCAGCUGCAACACCCACGUAAGCGUGAGUCUCAUGACGACCAAGGACUUGUGCGCGAUUUGCGUCGAGUAUGGCCUUGCCGACGCUCGGGCGAUCCAACGCAAACACAUCACCCCCGUCAACAAGUCGCACAUGGUCGAAUGCACUGUGUGCCACUGCCUCUAUGCCGUUGUCCAGCCAGAACUGCUCAACAUUGCUCCGAAAUGUUUUUAUUGCCGACAAUGGGUCAAGCCGCGCCCAAUUGCUCCCGUGGUGGAGUGCGUGCGCUGCUUGAACAAGUAUCUGGACCCUGCUCAUUUGAUUGAGGCUCCGCCUGGAGACGUCGGAUGGACGUGCACCCCCUGCCUCGCGGUCGCACCCCAAGCGGCAACGAUGGUGAAAACCGUUCCCUUCAAGACGAUAAUGGAGUCCAACCUCGAGUUGUCUCGGGAGUUUGGAUGGACAAAGCCCAAGCGAGCUCAGGAAUUUGUCGACCUCGCCUUCAAUCAGCACACCAACUACUUCAAACUGUACACACAGCAUCAUGCGCUCCUUUUUGGCGUGAAACCAGCACAGACACAACGUCACAGUCAAGACAAGGUCAUUGUCGUUCUUGUGGAUGGCAAGCCUAUCCACGACGCUGAGUCCUUGUGCAAGGCCUUGGUCUUCAACGUUCUCGAAGGGUCGCUCCGAGAUGUAUGCAACCUUUGCUUCGAGGAGUUCUCGCUCCCGCAGCUCGACAGUGCCUGCGGCCGGUGUCCCACCCGCGUCUGCCAGGGCUGCAUUGGUCAAUGGUACGGAGAAGUUAAGAUUGGCAGGGUUCUCUUCACGUCGCACUUGACUUGUCCGUUUUGCCGCCAAAAGCCCCAGCCCAGCGUAUGGCUGCGAUACAACAAGGCCGCGCGCGAGUUGGCAACGUCGCCGAUGCCCGCGAUGAAGGCCAAUGCGUACUACGGCUGGUGCAGCACUUGCGGCAAAAUCAAGGAAAUGAUGCCAAAGUCGUGUGCCCGCGACGUGCCUCGCCUUGCCAAAUAUGAAUGCGACGAUUGCAUCGCCAAGUCGGCCAUAUAUCCCCAGUGUCCCCGUUGCAAAGUCCAAACCGAGAGAAUCGACGGGUGCAACCACAUCUUGUGCAUCUGUGGCCAGAACUGGUGCUAUGCCUGCGGCGAGGAGUUUGAGUCAGCGGACAGCACUUAUUCGCACAUGUACCGGGAGUGCCAAGUCGGUCUAUAAUGCGUCGACAAACAUGACGAUUGCCAUGCACA